AUGACGCAGGCUACCGGGAGAAUUGGACCCGUGCUCGUCGAACAGCUGGUUCUAGCUGGCUUCGAAGUCACCGCCCUGACUCGGGGAUCGACCAAGCACGACUUUCCUGAGACUGUCGCUGUGAAGAUCGUGGACUACGACUCUCUUGCGUCCGUCACCGAGGCUCUUACCGGCCAGGACGCAGUGGUGUCCGCCCUGGGCCACGGCCCAGGUCUCGCCGGACUACAGUCGAUCCUGCUCGAGGCGGCGGUCAAUGCCAAGGUCAAGCGCAUCAUCCCUUCUGAGUAUGGCUCCGACACCCGCAACGCAAAGGCGGGCAGCCUUCCAUUCUACCAGAAGAAAGUCAAGGCACAGGGCGCCUUCGAGCAGGCAGCAGCCACUGGGAGUAUCACCUACACGAUCAUCUGCACGGGGCCGUUCCUUGACUGGGGAAUCAGCAGUGGCUUCUUGGUUGACAUGAAAGCCAAGAGUGCCCAACUUUACGACGGGGGAAACAACCUCUUCUCUGCCACGACCGUCGCAAACAUCGGCAAGGCUGUCUCUGGUGUGCUCAAGAACCUUGAACAGACCAAGAACCGGGCCGCCUAUGUCCAGGGCAUUGCAAUCUUCCAGAAGACGCUGGUCGAAAUGUGCAAGAAGGCCACCGGACCGGCGGGCUGGAAAGAACAGCAGGUAUCCAUCCAGGACCUCCUCGACCAAGGUUUCGCGGAGCUAAAGAAGGACAAGCCGGAUCCGAUCAUCUCCUCCCGCAACUUCCUCAUCGCGGCCGUCUUCGGCGAGGGUUACGGCUCGCAAUUCCAGAAGCUGGACAACGACUUGCUGGGGCUCAAGGGGAUGGACGAGGCUGAAGUUCAGGCCAUUGUGGAUGGGCUGGCUAAGCAGUAA